UCAUUCCUUUCUUCCUGUCUUUCACUCCCACCUACUGCCAUACCAACUCUUGACCUUCCUCAAAGCAAGCUUCUUUUUUUCCACUCUUUCUUGGAAAACAAACGGUGAAGUAAAUUCAAACAGGGGAGAUUCUUUUUCAUUUCUUCAUGGAUUCGUUUAAUCAGAGAGCGGGAUUCCGUUACAAUCUCAACUCAAACACAAUAAGUGACGAUGAUGAUCAUCACAGAAACGGAGAAGAGUCCGAGUUUGCAGGAGUUCUUGAAAUCUAUGUCCAUCACGCUAGGAACAUUCACAACAUAUGCAUAUAUGAAAACCAAGAUGUGUAUGCAAAAUUUUCUCUCACUUACAAUCCAGAUGAGACUCUCUCUACCAGAAUCAUCAAUGGAGGUGGGAAGAACCCGGACUUCAACGAGAGCCUGAGGAUGAAAAUCUCGCAGCUCGACGCGGUCCUCAAAUGCGAAAUCUGGAUGCUUAGCAGAGCUAGAAACUACAUGGAAGAUCAGCUUCUGGGAUUUGCUCUUGUCCCGAUUUCACAACUUGUUGGAAAAGGAAAGUUGACACAAGAUUAUAGCCUAUCUUCUACUGAUCUUUUUCAUUCCCCGGCCGGGACUGUCCAUUUGACACUUUCUUUGAACACAUCUUUGCCUGUCAGUCCCUCACUCAAUCCACUAUCCGAAUCGCCUGCUAGUUCAUCCAUUACUUCUGAGGUUGUCCUGCUCGAUCGGAAGGCAUCGGAGGUGAUGCUAGACCCGGUCGAGUAUUCGAGGAUUGAGUUUCCUGAUAUCAGUGUGGUGAGGGAGAAUCAGCAGAUGGUUUCCGAGUAUUUUGAUUUGGCCACGCGUGGUUCGGUUAAUUCCAAGCCCGGAUCUAGUAGUGUUGCCUCGUUUCUUCAUCUCGGGGUGUCUCCUCAGUCCGUUGACGACUGCGAGAUGACUGUUAAUUCGUCCGAGGAAACUCAUAGUGGUGAUAUUGUUUCCUCUCCUAAUGGGAGUAGCAUUCAGAAUUCUGGCUUCUUUAGCUCCACCACAACAAGCUUGAGUGGCGACAGAAAUUCGGGUGAUUCAAUUGAGAAGAAGAACCGAGUGGCUGGUGAAUCAUCGAUUUCUGUCAACGCUUCCUUAACCGCGGAGGCAGCAAACCAUGGGACUAUUACUUGUUGCCCCGACACUCCGACUUCGAAGAAGGGAAGGGAAAUCGGAGAUGAGAAGGACUCGAAUUUCUCGAGCACAGGAGAGGAGGAUAACAAGAAAGAAGGGAAAAAUCCGGGUUCUGCUCAAUUCGGUCAAGUGUUCUCGGGCCAACUUGGGAAUAUGAAUCUUGAGGCCGAGCAGUCUGCAAUGCAGCAGCAGAUAGUGGACAUGUACAUGAGAAGUAUGCAACAAUUUACCGAGUCCUUGGCAAAUAUGAAGCUUCCAAUGAACCUUGACAAGGCGGAACAUGAAGACCAUAGUCAUGACAUGAUUCGAAACCGUAACAACAAGCUAGAAGUCGAGAAAAAGAAGGACGGAUCGCGGGUUUUCUACGGUAGCAGAGCCUUCUUCUGACUGCUAAUUGAUGCUGCAAAUAAGUAUUUAUGACGGUAAGUUUAUGUUUAGCGGCAGUACAUAGAGUCUAAUUUAUCAAAAAUCUUCUUAAGUUUAAAUCGGCUUCGUAGUAUUUACUAUUAUACAGUUAUUGAUGUGAAUAGUUGCUUAAAUUCACAUAUAUUUGUUUUAGUAAUUAUCACGACUAGUACAUGUUACAGUCCUUGCAGAGUUAUGGGAAUGUGAUUUCCCUUGUGUUUUGCUUUGCAAUUAAGUUUGGUAAAGUAUUUCUUUAUGUAUUGUUCCUAACAAUUCAUUUCUAUUUGUACUGGGGUUAGUGGCAAUUAUCUUGUUAUAUUGGACUUUUUCUAUGAAUUAGUUUAAAAGCAUCAAGAAUUUA